AGAAACUUUUCCUUCUUGUGGAAAAAGCAGAUAGUUGAGCAAAUAUUCUAUUCUGGAAUACUGUACAGUACACUGAAAAUUUAAGCAUGUUUAUAAUACAUGAUUUUCUACACACACAAUAUGCUUAAAUACAAAAUUUUAAAUUAGCUAUAUUUGGUGAUGUGUGAAUCAAAUGUUUUAGAGGUAUGUAUUGUAAUUCUAACACAUUAAGGGUUGUUUGGAAAAGUUAUCCUACAGAUCUUGGUAGAGUAUACUAAGAAUAAUGACAGAGACAAGCCAAUGAAAAUGAUUUUCUUUCUUAAUCUAUAGGCAUCAAAUUUUUGGGAAAAAAUAGCACAAAGUCAAGUUAAUGCCCAUCAGUUUUUAUUAAAAUAGUUGUAGCCAGGUGUGCUAGCGUACUUGCAUUUCUACAAAUGAGAAGAGACAAGACUGAUCUACAGAGUGAGACCAUAUUUCAAAAGGAAAAAAGAGCCUUUUCGUCAAGAUGGCGCUGAAAGCGAAGAAGGAAGCUCCCGCCCCUCCCAAAGCUGAAGCUAAAACGAAGGCCUUGAAAGCCAAGAAAGCAGUGCUGAAAGGCGUCCACAGCCACAAAAAGAAGAAGAUCCGCACAUCGCCCACCUUUUGGCGGCCCAAGACCCUGCGGCUACGAAGGCAGCCUAAAUACCCCCGGAGGAGCGUGCCCAGGAGGAACAAGCUUGACCACUAUGCCAUCAUCAAAUUCCCCCUGACCACCGAGUCAGCAAUGAAGAAGAUAGAAGACAACAACACACUUGUGUUCAUUGUGGACGUCAAGGCCAACAAGCACCAGAUCAAACAGGCUGUGAAGAAACUCUAUGACUUCGAUGUGGCCAAAGUCAACACCCUCAUAAGGCCCGACGGAGAGAAGAAGGCGUAUGUUCGGUUGGCUCCUGAUUAUGAUGCUCUGGAUGUUGCCAACAAGAUUGGAAGGAGAGAAGAAGGUGUAUGUUCGGUUGGCUCCUGAUUAUGAUGCUCUGGAUGUUGCCAACAAGAUUGGAAUCAUCUAAACUGAGCCCAGCCGGCUAAUUCUAAAUAUACACUUUUUCACCAUAAAAAAAAAAAGGAAAAAAGAGAUUAUUCAGAAAAAAUUGUUUUCAAUUUAAGAUUUUGUUUACCUAAAAUCCAUUAUCUUGUUCUCAUGGCAGAUUAUGAGAUAAAACUUUUUUUAUUGUCUAGCUGGAAUUUGAAAGAACCUGUGACCUUAGAGACUGUUAAGAGAGUCUCUAGGUUUCUUCUAAAUUAAUAGCCAGAGGCAACUACAAUACCUACCAAAACAGGCAUAUGAUGUGUGAUGUCCUGUCUAUAUAUGUUGCUUUUACUGGUUGAGGAAUAAAGAUUUUGGGGCCAAUGGCUUAGCAGCAUAAAGCCAGGCAGGAAAUCAGAACAGAGAUAGAGAAAGAGUAGACAGAGUCAAAGAGACACCAUGUAGCUACUAAAGGAGAAGGACUGGAUGGACCCUUACUGGUAAGCCACAGCCUCAUGGUGAUACACAGAUUAAUAGAAAUGUGCUAACUUAAGAUGUAAGAGCUAGCUAGAAAUACUCUUGAGCCAUUGGCCAAACUGUGUUGUAAUUAAUAUAGUUUUUGUGUGAUUAUUUGUGUCUGGGCAGCCGGGAAACAUUAAGAGCAGUCUCAGGUUACAGACAUAUCUAUAUUUUACUGCUUAUGGUUUGUAUAUUUGAAAAUAAUUUUAAAUUUUCAGAUGAAUUGUGAAAAAUAUUGCAGAUAAAUUCUCUAUGCCUUUUUUCCAGAUUCCAGAGACAAGUAACAAAUCACAGAACGAUUAUCAAAACUAGGAAAUAAACAUCUAUAUAGCACUGAACUACAGACCUUAUUCAAAUGUCAACAUUUCCCAAUUCUGUUCCUCUAGUCUACUACAUGUAGUCUUUUUUUUUUUUAUGGUUUCUCUGGUCUCUGUUCUGUUUGGUCCUUCUGUAUUUCAUGAGUACAGUGUUUUUAAUGAAUUCUGGUAAAUUACACCUCUUGGUUUGGUUUUGUCUUAAGUUUUCUUCAAGUAGAAGCUUCUUCAAGUUUUCUUCACACAUUUUCAUCAGAAAUACUAUAGAAGCGAUGCUGUGUCCCUUUUCGGUGCACCACACAGGCAAUAUAUGAUUAGUUUUAUGGCUCAAAUUGAUCUAGCUUUGGCUAUCUGGAACUUUUUCAUUUAGGAGCCUGUGUCUGUCUGACUGCCCUGUCCUUUUGCACUUCAAGCUCAUCUUGUAUUUUCCUUUCCCCAUGUAUCUCCCUUCUCCCCAAGAAUCUGUAGUCCACUUUACUGGAGAGGAAUUUUAGAAAUGGAGCCUAGGUACUAUGUGUGUUCACUAUUACUCAGUAUCAUUGCUUUCAGACGCUAUUAGCAAGCAUAACUAGGAAAUACAUGUAUGUGCCUUUGUGAAACUUUAUGAAUAUAUAUCAAAUACUGUGUAUUAACAAGUAACUCUGAUUCCAAUCCAAUACCACAAAGUUUACUUAAACCUUCCAUCUUUCCUUUGUAACUAUAAAAGUGAGAGACCUGGCUCUCAUCUCAAAUGUAGCUACUUAUUUGUUCAAUUCUACUAUACCAAGAGAACCACUAACACCAGUGAGAAAUAAAUAUACUCAAUAUAUUAUUUGUAUACAGUUCAUUUGGUCUUUUAAAAUAAUUUUUUUGUUUGUGAAUUUUACACAUAUCUACAAUGGGCUUUGAUCAAAUGGAUCCUCCCAUUCCCUUCUUUCCAAUUCUUCCCUUAUUACCCAUCAUUCUUCAUUUCAUGUCUUCAUUUUUAAAACUCACCAGGUCCACUUAGUGCUGCAUGCAUGUGCAUGAGUGGAGGACCAUUUAUUGGAGCAUGGGUAGUUUCUCAAGGGCCACCUCCCUGAAGAAAACUGACUUCCCCUCCUUUAGCAGCCAUCAAUUGCCAAUAGCUCCUCAGUAAGGACUUCAUGAGCUCCUCCCUGACCCAUGCUGAGAUUUUUGUCCACUUGAUUUUGUGCAGGUAUUGUGCAUCCAGUCACCGCUGCUAUAAACACAUACAUGCAAUGUCCCUGUCAUAUCUGGCAAACUCUGUUUUCUUUGGCUCUUACAAUCAUUGUGCCCCUCUUCUGUAAUAAUCCUUGUCCCACUUAGAGCUGAGAAUUCCACAGUCUUAUGCUCUGCACACUGACCAGCUGUGGAUCUUUGUAUAAUUGCUAUCUACUGCAGAAAAAAAGCAGAAUCUAGGUUCUCAGCAAGUGCUUUUCAUCACUGAGCCAUCUCUCUAACCCCAAAUCUUCUGGGAUAAAUGUCACUGGGUCAUAGCAUAUUCUAUUUGGUAGCAUUUUUAUCACUAAUCAUGAAAUUGCAUUUAUUUGUAGUUUUCUUUGUACUGUGGUUACCUGACUUAGGUACCAGUGAUGUUCAUUUCAGAAAUAACCUAUAGAAUAUCCAUUUUAAUACUGCAAUGAUUUAGAAAACAUUAGACUACCUAGUCUGAAGAUUUGAUCAAUUUCCCCUA